AUGCAAAUCUUCGUCAAGACACUGUGAGCAAGGCGUACAUUGUAUCAUCUCAUGCGUGCCGUGUUCUCAUCCUCCUAUCACCAUCCACAGUACUGGCAAGACUAUCACUCUUGAAGUCGAGUCCUCUGACACUAUCGACAACGUCAAAGCCAAGAUCCAAGACAAGGAGGGUAUUCCCCCUGACCAACAACGUCUCAUCUUCGCAGGCAAGCAGCUCGAAGACGGCCGCACCUUGAGCGACUACAACAUCCAGGUCAGUGCUUGCAGUCGCCUUCGAGCGUCGGCGCUCAGGUCUGACAUCGCGAAUCAUUGCUCCCAUCGUUUGCAGAAAGAGUCUACGCUUCACCUUGUCCUUCGUCUGCGCGGUGGUAUGCAGAUUUUCGUCAAGACCUUGUGAGUUCUCAUUGUCCAACGAUCGCUUUGCGAGCACACGCUCAUCUUCCAACUCGCGUCCUCGUCAUUGCAACAGGACCGGCAAGACCAUCACCCUCGAAGUCGAGUCUUCUGACACCAUCGACAACGUCAAAGCCAAGAUUCAAGACAAGGAGGGCAUCCCACCUGACCAACAACGCCUCAUCUUUGCCGGUAAACAGCUCGAGGACGGACGUACGCGUGAGUAUUGUAGCAGAGCAACGUCCGCCAUUGGUCCGCGCUAAUUGUGACACGCGCACCAUCACGUCAAUCAGUCUCCGAUUACAACAUUCAAAAGGAGUCAACUCUGCAUCUCGUGUUGAGACUUCGCGGCGGUAUGCAGAUCUUUGUCAAAACCCUCACCGGAAAGACGAUCACUUUGGAGGUAGAGAGUAGCGAUACCAUUGACAACGUCAAGGCAAAGAUCCAAGACAAAGAAGGCAUUCCUCCUGAUCAGCAACGCCUCAUUUUUGCUGGCAAACAACUCGAAGACGGUCGCACCCUUUCCGACUACAACAUUCAGAAGGAGAGCACGCUUCACUUGGUGCUUCGUCUCCGUGGUGGUAUGCAAAUUUUCGUGAAGACUCUCACUGGAAAGACGAUUACUUUGGAGGUGGAGAGCAGCGAUACCAUUGACAAUGUCAAGGCAAAGAUUCAAGACAAAGAGGGCAUCCCACCCGACCAGCAAAGGCUCAUCUUUGCCGGCAAGCAACUCGAAGACGGUCGCACGCUUUCUGACUACAACAUCCAGAAGGAAAGUACUCUUCAUUUGGUGCUUCGUCUGCGCGGUGGUCAAUAA